GAAAUCCAAGUUUUGCCUUCAGACGAGGCCCAACUUAUCUUUGAGCAACUAAAAAGCAAGAUGCCACAAAGAAUGGACACAAACAGGUUGCCAGAAAAAGUCACGCGUAGCUCUUUGGAGGGUGAGCUACCUGAUGUUAUAGAUGUCACUUUGAAUGACUCAAGACCGAAGAAAAAAUCAGUCUUUCCAAUAGAACAGGUUUGUUGCAUUGACAAGUGGAUGAACAGGAUUAUGGGGUCAAGCACACCUUCUUUUAAAUGCCAGUGCAAGAACGAGCCAAGUCAUAAACCUAAAGAUUUCCCUGACAAGACCCUUGAUAAUGAAGAUAUUGCCAUACAAAAGAAAGAUAAACGGUGUGCAAUCAGGUCUGACAGCAAAUUACACUCUGUGGUAGGAGAACAGAAUCAAGCGAAAAGUGGGGAGAACAUUGACAUCUUUUGUCAAACCAUUGACUUGACUCAAGGCGACGACAAUCCUCACUCAUAUUCUGACAGAGAACCAAAGAGCAUUUCCCAGAUUAGCAUAACUAGUAGCCAGUCGAGCAUCACACUCAUAAGUGAAAACAAAGAUCUGGAUUGCUCCAUCAGUGAAAAUGAAAUUUGCAGCCACAUGCUAGACUUUGAAAAGGAUUCUCAAAUGAUAGCAAGUGGCCAGUUAGGCGGUUCAGACAGUAGUGAGAAAGAAAGAAAGCAAUUCUUCAGAAGUGGCACUGAAAUUCAGUCAGACCCUGAGGUGGAUUGUGUAGGAGAUCAGUUGAAAUCUACAGAAAGUACGCUGUCAUGUACUUCGGUCAGUAGAGACAAAGAAAUUGAAAAUCUCAGUGAAAGUGAAGUUGCCAACCAGAUGUCAGCCCUCGAAGAGAACUGUGGACAAGCUCAGCUGACAUCUACAAAUAUGCCAGAGUCAUCAUUGGAAACUAGAGAACAAACACAAAUUAGUGCGACUUCUGCCGUCCAGACAACUGUUGAAAGAAAGCAGAAGAGACUUAGCAGUUAUGAUGGAUUUGUUCCAUUCACGAAGAAAUCAACGAUAUGCAAUCCCCAUGUUGAUUCGCAGUCUGUCCUUGAGGGCGUUUCAAAAUGUGGGAAGGUUUUUCUUGAUGCGACUGAUGGUGUACCUUCAGCCUCAAAUGUUAGAACUGUAGAACUGAUACUCUUUGGCUCAACACAAGACCAGUGCGGUUUACUUGGCAGCAGAAAGAGACAUAUUUCAUCUUCAGAGUCUGGAAUACCAAGGCCUCCAGAAGUUAUCACUGUGAAGCUCAGUCCCUUGAGGAGAAAGUCCCGUGAAACUCUCCCACCAGGGGAAAAUUCAGUCAAACUAAAGAUUCACGAAAAAUGGAGAAGAAGUUUUCCACCAACUAAAAUUAGGCACAGAAAAAAACUGAAAACACAGAUGAGAUCGUUUGCCUCUUUAUCUGGGGUGAAUCACAAGAAAGCUGAAGUGGUUGGCCCUACCAACACCGAGGAGCUGCCAGUUUCCUCUGAAAUGAGGAUCCACAAUAGAAAUGCUAAGCGCAGCCUGAGUCUGAAGAGGAGGAGGUCCUUCUCUAAUGGACUAAAACAUGGAGGGGAGAAGAAGAAGAAGAAGGAUGCAGUCUCACUCAAACAGCGUGCUCAUCAAGAGAGAAGUAAUGGUGGAAAUGGAAGCCUUGCUGUCAAGCCUCUUCAGGAGAACGAGGUCCUGAGGUUCAGUGUGUUACCCAAUACCUUCAACUUCAAAGAUGGAUCCAAUGGGAGAAAGGAAACCAGUGAUCCUGUUCCAGAUAAGCCUGACGUCCCUGAAGGAAAGGAAAAGAGCCACAACAAAUCUGUUGUGAGGCCAAAAGAUACAUGGUGUCCAAAACCUGAGAAGAAGUAUCGUCCUCUACUGUCACCUCCUACCUCCAAGAACUCCAGCCUCUUCCAUGUGUUUCAGAAGAAAUACAUGGAGAGGACACAGCAAUCCAUGGAUGAAUAACAUGACGGGCAGAAGUUUCUUUGGCAUCAGAGACAGUUUUUAAGUCAAAUAUCGUCUUCUCUUUGGGAAAGUCUUCAUUUGGGAAAAUGCCUUUCAAGACUGUCACAGAAAGCAUGUUUUUGAAUAUUGAAGGAGUAAAUUGAAGUUAUGCCAUUUUUGUUUGUACAGUAUUAGGUCUAAACUGUUCUAAUGUAUACAAGUCACGAGUUCUUAGUCAUUUGCACAUAAAAUUGUUAGCUGUUUACAUGGCUGUAAAGGUAUGCAAAUCCAUUACUUGCAAACCAUCUGUGUACUGUUUAUUUCAGUUUAAUAUUUAUAUUUUUCUACAUUAAAAAUAUUUUUCUACAACAUUUGUAUCUUAUACAUAUAUUUUCUGCAAUUUUUGUUGUACUUUUACCUACAUUAAAAAUCCUAUUAAAAUCUCA